AUGCCUCCCAAGUCACACAACUCUAACUCGGAGUCGGAGUCUAGGACCAGAAGUGGUGCAGCCAACCACACUGGUGCGAACUCCUCCGCGGGCACAAGGAAUAACGGCAAACAAAGACUCACGACCGCACAGCAGCAGUACCUACGGGAUCUGAUCAAAACGCAUGUGCACAACAAUCACCCGUGCAAUUUCGAGAAGCCCCACCCUGUAGAUUUCGAGGCCUACUCAGACGACUUUUUGCGUCGUUACAAGGACCAUUUCCAGCUUCCGUUGGAGGACAACCUCUCAUUGCCAGGAUACCUUUUGGGCUCGAAGCUCGGAGAAAAGACGUACAGUUCGAAGCGCAAUGCCCCGAACAUACCGGACGCGCGAGUCACCAAGAAACAACUCGCCACAGAGGUUAAGCGGCAUUUCAUGUCCUACGGCGUCAAGGAGACAGAGUGCAUCCCCGCUUUCAUUUACAAAGUCAAGAAUCAGAAGAGGAGGUUUAGAAUGGAAUUCAAACCUACAUAG